CCUGAUCAUUGCAAUAGUUAUAAUAGUAAUAAUAGUAGUAGUAGUGAUGAUGAUGAUGAUGUAUGUGCUGCCCGUGUUGAGAUGCCCAUGCUCGGCCCCAGUGAACUCCCCCGAGCUGGUCAGUGAUGCUGCAGGACGAGGUGGAGGUCUCUCUGCGGGCAGAGGUGGCUCGUCUCUCCUCGGAGCUGCAGGAGGCCGAGGAGGAGAAGCUGCAGGCUGCUCGCUAUGGGCUCUCCGUGCUGGAGGAGAGCGGAGCCUUGAAGAAGAAGUACGCAGACCUGGAAACCGAGCAUGAGGUGCUCAGACUGGAGCUUGAGCACCUGAAAGAGGCGCUGGCGGACUCUGUGAGUAAUCACAAGAAGGUGACUGUGGAUGGAGAGAACCGUGAGGAAUCCCUGCUGAGAGAAACCGCCGCCAAAGAGGCUGCCCUGGAGGAGAGGAUCGAGGAGCUGCAGAACGAGCUGAAACAGAGCCAGGCUGCCCAGAACAGGACCCAGUCUGAGAACGAGCGCUGCAGCAUGCUCUCCCACCAACUCAACAAGGAGUACGAAUGCUUGGAGGCUGAGAGAAGCCAGCUCCGGGAAGACAUUAAAGAGUACAAGAUCAGAGAACUGAGACAACUCCAGGACAACGCAGGACUGGAGGAAGAGAACAUCUCCCUGCAGAAGCAGGUCUCAGCGCUGAAAGAGAACCAGGUGGAGUUUGAGGCGGUGAAGCACGAGAUGAAGUGGCACUCCGAGGAGCUGGAGCUGCUGAACGCACAGCUGGAGGAGCAGGCGCGCCUCCGGGAGAUCUCCGAGAGGCAGCUGGAGGAGGCUCUGGAGGAGCUGAAGCAGGAGCGGGAGCAGAACAACAGCCUGCGCAAGGAGCUCGCCUCCUACGGCCUCAACCCUUUCGACUCGCUCUGCAACCUGCAGCAGCACCUGGAGGAGCUGGGGCUGGAACUGAGCCUGCAAGGGGAGGAGGAGGGGAAGGAAAGCGGCUUAAACAACAGCACCCCCCUCAACGGGGUCCAUAACGCCUCCCCCCACCACAGCAAGGUCUUCCGACCCGCCCCCAGCCUAGUCUCGGACCUGCUCAGUGAGCUCAACCUCUCCGAGACGCAGAGACUCAGGCAGCAGCUGCUCCAGGCAGACGGAGCGAAUGCAGGCCUGUCCGGCUUGGUUCAGGAGCUGCAGAGGCAGCUAGAGAACACCAAGGGUGCUCUGGGGGAGCAGCAGGGCAAGACUCACAAACUGGCCGAACAGGUGGAAGCCCUGCAGGGCUGUAAGGAGCUCCUGCUGCAGCAUGGGGGGUACGGCAAGGAGCACUGUGCUGGCUCUGGGGAGAGCGGGCAGGACCAGUACUACGAACUGGACGUCAGCGGGACAGAGAUGCUGGAGUGCAGCUCCCGAGCUCCCAACGGAGAACUGACACGGCUCAGGAAGGACUUGCUGGAGGCUGGGGCCAAGUACUCUGCCCUGGAGAGCAAAUGCAGGCAGGAGAAGGACCGGUGGAGGGGGGAGGCGCAGGAACUGUCCGAAAAGAUCCGGCAGUGCAUCAGAUCCAGCCGGCAGGACAGGGAACGCAUCUCUGAGCUUGAAAAGGAAAUCGGAGCCACCCGCAGAGUGGCCACCGACUCCGAAAGCAGCCUGAGCAUGGCCCAGGACGAGCUGGUAGCCGCCUCCGAGGAGCUGGCCUACCUGUACCACCACGUCUGCACAUGCAGCAACGUGACGCCCAGCCGCAUCAUGCUGGAUUACUACAGGGAGGGUCGCGGCAGCCACAACCCGCUGAGGAAACGCAGGUCUUCGGACCUCCACGCAAAGAGCCUGUUAAACCUGGACUCCCCCGUCGCGGAAAGCGGGAGCAGUGGCGAGGCCUCGCCAGCAGGGGGCAGCCCAAACUCUCCCACCCUGGAUUUCCGGGACCCCUCCAAUGUGAGAAACUUGAUCGCCGUGUUGCGCAGCCAGAUCAAGCACCUUCAGGUGGCGGUGGAGCUCUUGAGGCGGCGAGGCACCCUGCCUGCCUCAGAGGCAGAGCGGGACGGGGAGGCUCUCCUGGAGGAAGUGCUCAAACUGAAGUCUCAGCUCAGUACCAAGAGGGAGCAAAUCGUCACGCUCCGGACCGUCCUCAAGGCAAACAAGCAGACAGCGGAGGUAGCCUUGUCCAAUCUGAAGAGUAAGUACGAGAAUGAGAAAACGCUGGUGUCGGAGACCGUGCUGAAGCUACGCAAUGAACUGAAGGCUCUGAAGGAGGACUCUGCCACCUUCUCCUCGGUGAGGUCCGUGUUCACCAACAGGUGUGACCAGUACGUGACUCGGCUGGAUGAGCUGCAGCGGCAGCUAGAGGCCGCCGAGGACGAGAAGAAGACCCUGAACUCGCUGCUGCGCAUGGCCAUCCAGCAGAAACUGGGUCUGACCCAGAGACUGGAGGAGCUGGAGACCCCUCACCCCGGAGCCAGCCCUCGCCAGAGCCGCAGCAAGCCGGUCCGAUCCUCCCGCACCCCCCAAGCCAGCCCGGUCAGAUCCAGACUCCCCGCUGCUAACAGUCCCGCUAGACCCUGCAGCUCCUCAACUAGACACUCUGUCAGCCCUUCCAAUGCAAGGCCGUUGCCUUUUACAGAAUACCUGUAUUUGUAUAAACAGGACGGUUAGCUUCUUGCAGGACAAAAAGCGAGCCAUCUUAAAGACACGCUGCUACCAAUUCAGCGAAUUUUAAAACCAUUUGAAAAACAACCUUUCCACAGCGUCUCACCGAAGCCGUUUUUUAUGUCUCUGGAAUUUUAAUUUGGUCAGAAACACUGACUCUCCUUUCUUUCUUCUCCUUAUUUGUUUCAUUCCCAACUGAAAACUUCAUGGCAAAUCAUAAAAACCUAUCCUGUACAGUGAAUAAACCAAACCAGUGAAUCAUCAGAAUUGAAAAAAAUGUUAAAAUGAAGGAUUUUGCACUAAAAUAACUUGCGUUUUGUUAAGUCUUACAAUUUCACAGCUGUUUUUAAUUGCAGAAUGUAAAUAUUAGUUACAGUUUAAUAUAUUUUAUAGUGAAGGCAAGUCUUAUUUUUAGUGGAUCGCUGUUCCUGUCCGUGGUGACUUCAGUGUGACCCACAUGAGUCUUUUUGAAAUUCUAUAUAGGAGUCGGGUUAAAGAUGGCUUUUUUUUUUUUCAUUCUUUUUAUCAAGAAUGUGUUUGUAAUCUCAUACUUGUCGCAGCAGGAGAAUGCUUUGUUUCCUUCGUGGGAUUACAUUUUUUUUUUUUUAUUAUUAAACGAAGAACUGAAGUAGUAAGUUGACACCAACAAAAUAUAUAUAUUUUUUUUGUGUGAAACUGACCAGAUUGUGGGACUCUGGCAGUUCAAAAUCAUGCCACGUGCUCUCAAACCAGAAACAGACUUUAAAGAAACAGUGAAAAGAAAGAUAUGUAAUUCUCAGGAGUUUUGCACAAUAAACCAAGCCCAGUUUUGAGUAACGGUCUGAAUGGUGCCGUUAAUGUAUUCUGAAAGGAAACCUGAUUUAUGACCAGUUUGUGUUACUGGUUUAGGCAACAUUCUAUUCUGUGACUGUAAACUGGUGCAGAGUAGACCCUCAGACUGUGCUGAUUAACAAAUGCAUCGGUUAGAAAGAACGUUUGGCACAUUGCCUUUUACAAAGGGGUUGCAGAAGGCAAAUUUUAGCAUGGCCGGGGUGUGGAGGGCAUGCUCGGGUAUUCCCUGGUUCCAUGGUUACUGUGGAAGGCUGAAGGAACACUGUGGUUUGGCUCGAAGUCCGUCCAACAAUCCUGAACCUCUGAUGGCUGUUAUUCAGGACGAUGCCCUCCGUGCCCAGAAUUGUGAACGGCUUGAGGAUCGUGACUGAAUAGGUCCAUCAGGAACCCUCGCAGAGUCUGU